AUGAAGUUUGUAGGUCUAUGUACGUUUCCAAUUUUUCAUUUUAAACUUUCUUUUAUACCCGAAUUUUUGUGUACUGUUGUUUAAAUAUCUCAGCAUACAAACAACCGGUUUCGGCCUUUGAUAACGCGUGUUUUGUGUCUGCCUACAGCCUUGUGCUAUUGCUCCAUCGGUUACGUUCAUGUCCCUCAACCUUUUUUAGUCAAUUGCCACGAAACAUACUUAUUUCUCGGUCGUAUCUUGCCGGGCAUGAAUUUACCCAAGCAACAAGCUCCAGUAACCGACUUUAGUCCGGAACCUUCUGAACUUUGCCCAGAGUAUUCACGCUAUGACAACCGAUACUGGAGACGGCUUCAAUUUUCGUGAGUCUGUACAAUGAUUUGCUUUUGCCGUUCUUCCCAGAUCCUUGUGCUGUCGUUUUUCUUUUGUACGAAACGCAACAUCCUUCAUUUAGAGUUAAGUUUAUCCUGUAUCCAUUUUCUUUGUCGUUUUAAUUGCCGUUUACACUACAAGUCCCAAUCUAGAGUAAAAAGACAUUACAAAACGAUAUUUUGUGAUCUCGAAGAAGACGCGGAUCGCGAAUUGCAUAGCAACACAUUUUUUAGCAAUGUAAAACCUCACUCAGGAUCUGAGACACCACUUUACCAGCCUUAGAGAUUGUCGUUGGUAAUAUAACUAGCCUUCGAAGAAGCGGAGAGACUUCCAGUGUCAUCUGAUGCAACUUUACGUAGAACUUAUAUUAUUCCUCUUAUGUUGCCCGAAAGAAGUGGAUAUGAGAGCCUAACGGAUAUUUUUGCAAAUUCUAGUAGUUCUAAUUUACAAAAUACUGAGCACUGAGAGGGUGCUAUCAAGACUUUGAGUCUCAGUUCGUGGAAGUAUCCUCAUCUAGGAAGAAGUCAUCAGGCAGUUUCUAUCUUCUGGACCUUCGGAUCUUCACAAAACUGAAAAUUCCAUCUUAGCUGAGUCUAAAUCGAAAAAGUAAAGACGACUCCAAUUUGGGGAUAGUGAAAUGCGUGUCUGAUAGAGGAAGACGCGAUUACUAGAACGAGGAUUUUGUCCGUCCGAAGACUCGGAUUCACACUCGAAUCCAUCAUCAGAGGCAGAAUCGGGUAAGGGUAACGUUUUACAUAAGUGUUACCGAGUACAUGACAUCAGUGAGGAGGAUCGACGUUAACUCCCGAGCCGCGACUCAUUCGACGGGACCCGGCCACACAAUUUAGAUGAGGCCGAAAUUCUUGCGGGAUUUGGCUGCUGCGUAAGCCACUAGUUGCUUGGGUCAUAAUUUUCUCACCGUCGGUCAGUUAACAAGCGCAAUGACCUCCCACCUCCAUAUACUGUACUGUGAUUUUGCCUGGGAAGAGUAGUUAGGCAGGCGGAUGGCGCGCGGGCAAACAUUGUUCCCAGUGCCGGUGUCGGAGUGCCAAAUGGUCAAUAACCCGCACUAGUGACGAAAUUACGGCAGUUAACGGUUGUGUGACGAAUGUGCUAGACGCAUAGCUGAUCUGAAGGGAAGUUCCUGGGAGAGAGAGAGACGUCACUAAAUAGAUGAAAACAUCAAAUGGUCACUUUAUCUUAGCCUGCAUCUUAACACGAAGCAAUUUCUAUUGUUUUAUUUGAUUGAGGAAGUGUUGCUAUUUCGAGGUAAUCGGCAUUUGCAGAGUAAUUAAUAAUCGUUCAAAUACCAUAGUUCAAAUACCAUGGGUCCGAAUACAAGCAGAUAGGUAAGACAAAACAUGAACUAGUACAAACAACGCGUAUGGUCUGUUAAUUUCAGCAGAAUGACGUUGGUAGCAGUUAACAACGGAGUUUCCAUGUCGGUCUUGUUAUGGUGUUUUAUCCUGGUCUCUAUGCUAACCUAUAGAUUCGCCACUAAAAUCAGCCCAUAAAUCGUUUAGGUCACAAUUGACUAUGCAGCAGCAUAAUAUAUCCGUGAAACGACUGACUUCCGAGUUUCAUUGUCUACUGCUGAAACAGUAAUCACCAAUAACAUCGUCUUGAUUGAUUAAAAUCCAAGUCUAGACGAAAACGAUCCUGUUUUUGAAAUUUUUCUUCAAAAUAUAUGAAAGAACUGGUUGCGUUCUACGGACUUAUCGAGAGCACAAUUGUUGAGUUUAAGCCGCGCGUGAUUAUGAAUAUACUAGCGUGGGGGUGGUCAUCCCCGAUUUGGCCUGGCGAAAGACGGAAUACAGGCAUUUCUGGAGUCUCAGUUUUGAGCCCUAGUCAGCUGUAUUUGAUCCUAGUGAUUCGCGAUUAUUAAUUACUCGUCGCACCGCGACUGCCUACUAGGGCUCUGAGAGGAAGUCCCAAAGCAGAGUGCAACAUCCGCUCCUCCGUCCCACAAUCAGGUCACACCGGUGGACGCCAUACCCACGCAAAGCCGAAUACUGCCCAUCAGGGGAGGCAGAGCCCGAACUUGUGGCUCGGUUGGAAGAUCGUUAAACUGGACGCGGGUACGGAUUUCCCGCCUCCCCCCCCCUGGGUGUGGUUCGCAGUCGGUUGACGACAGCAAUGAACCAGAACUGAACACUUCUCCCUGCGUUGGCUUUCUAGGUAGACAUUUCUUGGAUUGGAAGGAUGAUCUGAGCUUUUACUGACUGGACGCUUCGUAGGAGAUUAGUCUACCUGAUCUCCAUUCUUUUAAUUCUGACUGCUUCUGCGUAGUCUUGAAAUGCCAGUCUCUUGUGUUUUUCAAGGCGUCAAGGGCCACUGCUCUCUGACACAAGUUCCGGUGGAGUUCUUUAAUUCUGGCAUUAACUAUCUCAAGGUGGCUUUCUGUAUGUCGUUUUAGUGCAGUUGAAGUUGCGGGGAUAUGAUUUCUCCGUAAGGUUUUCCAGUAGUAUUUGGGAUAUUCAGCCCGUUCAAUACAUCCUGAUAAGAAUUUGCACGUCACAUGUGCCUCCGCAAGUCUGGUGUUAAACUUGAGGAAUCCACUGAUUUCCUCUAACACCGGGGAAUCUUUGGAUUGUCUACGUUCCACAGAUAUUCCCACGCUACACUUGAAAAGUCAAGUUGGCAAACACGUGUUUUCGGUAAUCCUUCAUCAGGCCAAUACAGUUACGUGAAGGAAUAAAAUGUACAAAAUUAACAGUGCUUAUAGGUGUCUCAAGGGCUAUUAAGUAAUUAACACUCAUCUUUCUUGGAUCCCAUCAGUUAUUUGAGCAGGUGCCCUGAUAUGUGUGAGUAUCGAAAUAAGGUCAUGAAAAUUGGACGGUCAGCCUCUCAGUGUCAUACUUUUCACCCAAACUCUUUUCUCGGUACCUCUGUUAACUAUUAUUACUGGCAGAAAUAACAUAAAAUAAGUGCGGAGGAUAAACGCGACCAAUGUCGUCACUGUUCUGAGAGAGAAAAAUAAUCUGAAAAUUGGCAAUCAAAGUCUCUACGGGACAUUCCUUUGUAGCCGUUUUUGUAACCUCCCUUGGCGAGGACGACAGAAGUACACGGGAACAGGAACAGCCCAGUAAAUCCCAAGCAAGUUAAAAUUUCCCGUGUUCUGACCCAAACACUAACCCUCGGCCAAACCUCAAGCGUAACUCUAUGCUGACAUUCUGUCCAAGCCUAGAAUAUAAAAGUGCCAAAUUCGUAAGACCAUUUGCAUUACAAGAGAGAGUCAUAACUAGGUUUCGGAACUGUCAAAAUGUGCGUAAAUUACGAAACCCAUAGCCUUUAAAUACGCGAACUCACUAAAGUAUUUGUGAACCGUAAAGGAUAGAGGAAAACUACGUGCCUGAUGGAACUUAUCUUUCAAAACAUACCAUAUUUAGCUCGAAGCAUUUUGAUGGCUAUCUCCGGAUUUAUACACCUUUAAAAAGAACCUGGUGCACCUGAGACUCAUGCAGAGAUUCCGAAUUUUUUUACAUUUGAGAACAAAAAGAGGUCGGAAAGGACUAAUCCAGGGUUCUGAGGCAGACUAUUUAUCACGUUUCAACCAACUGCACAUAACGGUAAUUCCACAAGCGAACCGCCGCGUUUGUUGAAUGAAAACGAACUCUCUAGUCGUACUUUUUCUGCACGUGACAUGUUUUCGCAAAACUGGCUGGCAGUGAAGUGUAAACAGUCUUGGUUACUAGCAGCGUCGGCUCCGGUCCUUUCUGCGUUUCCCUCGACUGAUUACACUACUAUCCUACGAGACGGUUAGAUUACUUAGGAUUUUACCUUUUUUCAUUUCUAGUCGCAUACUGUCUUAAAACACUUCAAGUGUCUGAAUUCUGAUCGUUUUUUGGCUAACUAGAAGAGUGGUUAGGGCGUUGGACUUCUAACCCACAGGUCGCGAGAUCAAGCUCAAGGAGUCGCACAUCUCGGGGUUGGCUAUGACUGGCUGACGACGGCUAAUAAGCAAGAAAUGGUUAUUCCGGUCUCCAUAGUAUUUUUCGUUAAUGUCACUCUGCCUAUAUUACGCGCCGCUGGGCGGCUGCUGGCGGGGCCUGAGAGCCUCAGGGCACAACGGGACGAGUGAGUCCCGUAACGCGAUCGGUGAGCACCCCCCCCCCCUCCACCUCUACCAGGGUGACUCCCGUUAACAGCAGGCUCCAGGGUCACGUUUUCUGGAACCUGCAAAGUUACAUUCUGUUUUUUAAGUAUAGGGUCAUGGUAGGAGGAAUAAUCAGGUUUCAACUAAUUUAACAUUUCGCCACCUAAUCAAGGAUUUUUUCAUCUAUUUAGGCAGACGACCUGUCAUAGCACCUGCCAUCGCUUAAUUUAUUAA